AUGAACUUUUUCAAGGAAGGAGAGAGACUGAAGGCAAUCUUCGACGACCUGGUGAAGCAGCACAAAAAGAGUAAGAGGAAGGUUGUUGAUAACAAGAACGUGAGCAAGGAGAUGCUACAGACAUAUGAAGAGAACAGGAUGAAGCUGAUGCAUUUUUUCGAGAUGCACUCGAGAUUUAUUAGGCCAAGGAAGAACAGUAUUGGAAUCUUUUCUGUGGAUGACUUUGUCAAAGUCAAAACCUCGGAAUCGAUGAUGUUUCCCAAAAAGGAAGAUUUUAGGAGGGAAGGGAGACCAGGAAUGCCAUUUUCUGUUGGAAGGCCUAUGCAGUGGGGAGGAAUGAAUGGGAGAGAGCCUUUUUACAUUCAGGAUAGGAUUCCCACACAAGGAUGGAAGGGGUGUGGUCGGGAUGGAAAGCCGAUGUGGAUGGGGUUUGGAGGGUACCCGGGGGCUCCUGGGCAGGAAAGCAUAUUACGAGGCUGGGGUCCUAUGAACUUCCUGCAUCAGAAUAGCAGAGGGUUUUUUGGGGCCGGGUCAUAUGAAAUGGAAGGUGGGAGUUUUGAAGGAGAACAUGGUAGCUAUGGAUAUGGAAUUCGGAUGGCACCGGGGCCAGGAGUUAGAAGACGGUUUGAUAUUGGAGGAGGGGGCCCAAGUGAUGGGUACGGUAUGUUUCCUAAGAGAAGACCACCUGACAUGGACUCCAAGACAGCAGAAGUAUCUAAAAUGGGUUUUCCACAUGAGAGAGAGGAAAUAGGAAGGAAUGGAGUUCCACCAUCGAUGAGUUGGACGGGUAGUAGGAGGCCAUACAUCCCUACGGAAAGGAGAGAGGAAAUGAUAAGGCCUCCCUUCUACUAUCCGAUUUUAGGGGGAUACGGCUAUCCUGUCCAUGGAAAUGGUACGUUUCCUGGUGUUCCAGUGGAAGAGACCUUUGCAACAGCAUGCUCGAUAUAUCCAGAAACAUCCAGGAAAGAACAACACUUUGUAAAAUACCCACAAAGCUUUCCAGGUAGUGAUGUGAUAGACUGGAUGCCGGAGAAGAAAAGUUCUAAGACGAAGACACCAAAGGAAACGAAAGUGCCAACCUCUCCAAAAGAAAACGAAAGCUCUAUUUCAGGGAAAGAGGAUCCCUGGAGGCUAGACAUAACAACAGACUUAGAGAAAAGAAAGUUGUGUGAUGAAGAUCAGGGCAGAGACGAGAAUAAGGAAAAGGCUUCUUUCGCAGACUUCCCAGAUGGCAAGAACAACUCCCAUGGGGAACUUUCCACAAACCACGGGAAGGAUCUGAAUAUAAUGACCAUAGAGGAUCUAAUUGGAGACAAGACGAUUGACAAGGAUGCAAAAGAGUUCAUCUAUGAACUUUGCGAUGGAUUUGUCGAUCAUAUUAUCCAUAUGUCAUGUGCAUUGGCUUACCACAGGAAAAAAAAUACUGUGGAGGUCUGUGAUGUCAAAUUAGCAUUGAAAACAGAGGUUGGGAUCGAGCUCCCCUCGGAUGGGGAUUCGGAAGAGGAGUCUUCCUUAAGUCCCGGAAGAGAAGUGAAGGUUGUAAGAAAUGAAGAGAAACAGCCCCGGAUGGCCAAAAAAGACUAG